CACUCUCAACAGUUGAAGUACCGUCAGAUUAUUAAUGGCUAUGGAAUGAAUAGGAUGUAUGUAUUCUAUAAAAAUAAUAAAUUAUCUCUAUUGGAAUGAUUUAUUUAAAGUACUUCUUUUUAUUUCAUCUUUUCAUCGUUUCACAGGGUCAAAAUAUAAUCUGUCGUGGACGAAAUUGGUAUUUUAGCAAAGAUAUUUUUGCUGUUUAUCACUGUUUAUUGUGUUUUUAUUACAUUCCUGAACACAUGUUUCCAGAAGGAAAAAUUAAAUUAAGCUAUAUUCCUUCAAAAAAUUUGGUACGUGAUCUACGUACAAAUCAAACCUUUGUAUUGGAUCCAAAAAAUAAAUCAUCAUCCGUGUAUCAGAAUUUUGCCAAUGAUCGUGAUGCAAGUAAAUGGACCGAUUGUUGCCAGGCUGCUAUUGACUGUUGUGAUAAGAUGCUGAGUGAUCCUCCUUUGCCAAAAACAGAUAAAAAGUACUGUCCAAGAACGUGGGAUGGUUGGCAAUGUUGGCCAGAUACUUUAGCAGGAACGACAGCAUCGGGAGUUUGUGAAAAUCACGUUUACUUUAAAAGUCAAUUACCAAAAUGUCAAAAGUAUGCAAUGAAAGAAUGUUUACUUAAUGGUGAAUGGUAUAAAGCGAACGGUAGCGAAUGGACUGAUUAUAGUGGAUGCGGUGCUAGAGAUGUCUACGUUAAAUCUAUUAUAUUUCAUCUGGUUUGUUUUGGAAUAUCUAUACUUGCUUUAAUACCUGCUAUUAUUAUUUUUUCGAGUUACAGAAGCUUAAAAGUAUACAGAAUUACAAUACAUAAAAAUCUAUUUUCAUCAUGUUUAAUGACAGCUCUAUCUGUUAUUAUUUUUAAAGCUGUUGUCAUACUUGAUCAGACUAAGGCUAAUAGUAAGGAUUAUUUAAAUAAAAAUUCGGCUUGGUGUAAAUUAUUAUUUAUUUUAACUAAAUAUUUUCGUCUGACAAAUUAUAUGUGGAUGUUCUGUGAAGGAUUUUAUUUACAUAAAUUGAUAGUCUCUGCAUUUACAGAACAGAAAAAUCUUUAUCUAUUUUAUUUUAUUGGAUGGGGAAUUCCUUUGAUAAUCAUAUCAAUAUAUUCAUUGUUAAAGCUCUUUCUCGCCGAUUCUCAAUGCUGGUCCCUUCCAACAAAUAUUUUUGAGUGGAUUACUAAUGUUCCAAUGAUAAUCGCUUUGCUUGGUAAUUUAAUAUUUUUAUGUGAUAUUAAUCGAGUGUUGCUUACGAAGCUGAGACAUCAGAGCAAUCCUAAUGAGCCAACUCAAUACAGAAAAGCGGUUCGUGCAACUUUAGUUCUAAUUCCGCUCUUCGGUCUACACUCAUUUUUGACCAUCUACAGACCAAAUUCAUCGGGUUCCUGUCAACAUCAAGAAGCUUACAACUACGUAGAGUACGCAAUGGACGGAUUACAGGCUGCUGUGAUUUCUAUAAUAUUUUGUUACGGCAACAGCGAAAUUAUAGGUUUAUUAAAAAGAAGUUUAGAACGGCAAAAAUUGAAAAAAAUUGGUAAUAAUAGGAGAACCAAUGAUAGGACUGCUGUAUCUCUAUCUACUGUAACAAGAUCUUCGACAAUAUCUAUUUCUAGUGACCACAAUUCAACAGUGUAAAUGUCAUUUUUAUAUAUAUACAAACGCGUAUCACAUUUAUUCGUUUAUAUAUCUCAAUUGCUGAUACAUAUAUCAAUGAGAAACAGUGGCGGCUCGUAAGAAUCUGUUGUGGUGGGACUGUAGCAAUAAAAGUAAAAAAAAAUUCAAUAGGGAUUAAAAAGUACAUCAUUAAUAAAAGUAAAUAUGUAUACAUAUAUAUAAAUUUACUUAUGAUAAAUUAAUUAAUAAAAAUUUAAGAAUGGCGAUAAUAACACAGUUUUAUUUUAUACUGGAGAGGCUGCAACCUGCAGCCCUUAUGGAUGAGCCGCCACUGAUAAGAAUAUUUAGUCAACCUCCAAACAGCGGCCAUUCUUUCAUAAACUAUUUUUAACAAAAAUGUGUACAAAAUAAUCUUCAAACAGCGAUCAUUUUUUAUGUUCUCGUCAGUGUUUGUUUAUAGGUUUGACAGUAUUUCUUUCUUUCCGUAAGUAUAAAAAGAACGUUCUUUGUAUGUUUAUGUUCUUUUAUAAAGAGGAUCAUCAAAUAUCUGGUUUAUUGCCUAAAAGCUAAAUUAUCUUAAAACACUUAAUAGUUGGCUCUAAGAUUGUUUGUUGGAUAAUAUCGCGACAUACACUAACAUCAAAGCUAUAAAAAGUUUAUUUUCUACUAAAAUAAAAUAAAGAACUUUAAAUAAACAA